AACCACACCCCAGCUACUGCUUCCUUGCAACCAGCGGGAUCGACCCGGUUGUUCGGUUAUGGACUCCCAGGCCUGAGAUGGAAUGUGAAAAUGUUCGAAUUGUGGAGGACAUGGAGAGUGCUGCUCAAGCCAACCAGCGACGUAUGAAUGCUGAUCCUUUGGAGGUUAUGCUGCUUCACAUGGGCUACCGCAUCACAGGACUGCGAGGGGUGGGUCCAGACGGCUCAGACGAUGAAAGCAGCUCAGAUGGACAAGUGCAAUGCCGACCAAGCUAAAAAAACUCUAGCAGCUCACAGACGUACACACAAAAGCACUGUUUGAAGCUCCUGUUUGAUUUGUGAAUUCCCUAAACCGACUAAAUCAUUGAGUGAAAGGUAUGUCACAUCUCUGCACUAUGCAUCAUCCUCCCUCCUCCCUCGUCCCAAGAGAGGAUGUGUCUGCAGUCCGCUGGGGAGUAAUUAAUUAUGAUGGUGUAGAUUAACAGCCUUCUCAACAAUGUAUCUCACCAAAAACACCUCAGUUGCUCCCCUCAGCUUGAAGUGCACAAAGGGUGUGUGGAGAAGUGCCCCUACCCACAUCACUCAGAGGGGGAGGAGUUCAGCACUUUUUAUGUUUGCAAGAUGCUCCUAAGGUGGCAUCAGCAGUUGGUGACCUAUUUUCAGGUCAUAGCCAUCUAUCUGGCGCUCCAUGUAGGAUCAGGUAGGACUGACAAAGUUGACCGUGCGUGAAUGCAUUAUCUCUGCUUUCGUGUUGAAGCUGAAAGUCUCAGUACUCACUGAUCUCAGAAAGCCUGCAAAGUGCAAAUCCAAAUGAUAAUUUCCCUUCGUCACAGAAAUGUAAAUGUUGUCACCAAACGAUAUCAAGUGAUUUUUGAUAUAACAUUUAGUUAAACCUUGUUGUAUAAGAGCAAAUUGUUUUCUACCAAAGGUUAUCAUCACUUUUAUUGCCAAGGAUUUGUAUUUACUUUGUUUCAUCGUAACAUAAUUCUGGCUAAUAGGGCUUGGUUGUACAGUGUUGAAAUAAGCAACAUGAUAAAUGUUUGUGAAUCAUUUUUACAAAUUACAUUUGUGUAAAACAUAAGAAUUAUUAAUGAAAAGCGGCAUGAAUAUUUGGCAAAAAUGCUUCUGUUGGUUGUGAGACACACAGAUAAUGGCAUUUGACAACUGGUUUGUAAGUGUUUAAUGUUUGGAGGUGAUUAAGGGUUUCUGUUUUGCUUUGGCACAAACUAUUUGAACUCAAAGGACAGAGAGCCACCCGUCCAUCACUUGCCUUUGUACUGACUGGGUCUUUAAACAUGCAACACUAGGCUUCCUCGUGUUUACUUUGUACUAUUACAUUUUCUUUGAGAUUUCAUGUCAUAGUCUUUGUUGUAAACAAAGUAAAAAUAUAUAUUUAACACUGAUGUUUCUCCUUCAUCUUUAACUCUUGUUAUUUAAAGCCCAUGUGACAACUUUACUAAUGCAACUCUAACUGGGGUGACAUGAUAAACUAUAAGUACACGAACUUUAUUUAAUUCCACCCAUUUGUCUGUGUCUAUUUUGCGCUCAGAUUCUGCUGACUCCUGUGUUACAAAUGUGAACACAGUACAUUAUAGGCAUAAGUGGUACAGGAGCAUCUCUUGUCCUACAUUGCGAUAACGAGGUGACCCAACUUCCGCUGGAGAUUACAGAGACUGGAGAGAGCUACGGAGUUGUGCGUUGAAGAAAAAAUUACAAAUAAAGUUAACAAUAUCAAAUUCAAAUAACCAAUGUGUCUAAUGUGAGUAAUAAUGUGAGAGGGAAAACAUCUGUUUUACUGAGUUUUACUAAGUUAACAGGCUUGUUCUAAACUAAAAUCGAAAGUGUUCCUUUAGGACAACAUUGCCAAAACAUGGACUACUGCCUUUAUAACCAUUUUUUUUUCCACCACCAGGAUCUCUAAUGUAAUUACUGUAUACACCGGUCAUAGAUGGCCACAUCUACAGCCUAGCUACUAUAUAUAAAAAAACUAUAAUGAAAUCUAUAAUAAAAGUUAUUAUUAUAGAUCUAUACUAUACGGUCUAUGCGCCUACCGUGCGUAAAAUCCUUGCGUAAUCGUGCGUCAGUCAUCGCAGAGUGAUGGCGGAGGUGGAUGAAUCGGACAUGAUGAUGAACUACCACGGAGAUUUCCUGAAAGGCGACAGAAAACACAAUCGCUACCCUUAUUGCAUCGUCUGGACCCCCAUCCCUAUGCUAUCGUGGGUGCUUCCCUUCAUUGGUCACAUGGGCAUUUGCACGUCGACUGGAAUAAUCCGGGAUUUUGCAGGGUCAUAUUAUGUAUCAGAGGACAACAUGGGGUUUGGAAAGCCAACUAAAUACUGGAAGUUAGAUGUAGAUAAGGUCUGUGGAAACGGUGCUGCUACGUGGGAUAAAGCUGUCCAUGAUGCAUCAGAAGAAUACAAAUCUAGGCCGCACAAUCUCUGCUUUGAUAACUGUCAUUCUCACGUAGCCAUGGCUCUUAACCUGAUGCGCUAUGACAACAGCACAUCCUGGAACAUGGUGAAUCUGUGUGCACUGUCACUGAUUCAUGGGAAACAUGUAAGCUCGUUUGGAGAGGCCAGUGAGCAGGCGUAACCUACUGAUCUAACCUACUGGAAACAUACGCAUGGAUAAGUCUCCCACACUGUACUGUCAGAUACGAUCUUGUUUUGUGCUCUGUAAUCUUGGGAACUAUCUUAAAAAUUGGAUCAAAUGCAACCAUACUUUUCAGCGAAUUUAAACUCUCUAUAAAAUACACCUAGUUCAGAGAAUCAAAACCAGUUGAUCCAUUUAUGAAUCACCCUUACUUUAGUCUUACUGGCAAGUAAGAUACAUUACAAUACUAUUUCAAGAACACCAAUCCUAUUACAAGAACAAAGUGUAAUUUUCUUGAAGCUUAAGUCACUAUGAUUUUAUCACACACAAAUAAUAGAUUGCCAAAAGUCUGGCACAUCAUUGCAACUGGUUAAAUCCACAUGGCAUUGACUAAAAACAUAAGGGACACUGACAAUGAACAGGAGCGAGGAGUGAGGAAACUAGACUGCAUUUGACUGUAUUUGAGCAGCAUUAACUGAACACCACUGAAUCAUAUAUGACAAUCUGUAAAGACUGGCAGACAUAUUGUUCAUGUCAAUUUUAUUUCGUCAUAUUGCCCAGAGCGUCCUAUAAGAUACACUUUACUAUAAUUACUGUAGUCAAACAGGCUAAACACAUCUUGAUUGCAGAUGUAGACAGUCUCCAGGAUUGCAUGGCUUCUACAUGCAGAGGCAUAUGGCUGAGAGAUUCCCCUCAUUACUCUCUCUUGACCCACAUAGAGAAAGCUGGCGUCACACUUUGUGCUGCCUCUGCACAUAUACUCCCACAGCACACGAUUUUUAAAGGGAAGGUGAGCAGCAUAAUUCAUCAAUGACAGUAGUGCCAAACCCCCCCGUGUGGAGGUCACCCCUCUGCCGGGGCUCCCUGUGCUGGCUGCUGUAGAGGACAGUAGGACAUAGGCAGGACGGGUGAGCCGGGCCCCCGAGGGAGACAAACCAGCCCACACCACUUAUGUCCUUGUGUGUUCAUAUAGGCAGAGGGUAUUCGAGGUGCCCAUGACCACUCUAACAUACAUUCUCCUU